AUGGGUCUUUAUCAAAUGGGCCUUAAGCAGCCCAUUCGAUUUGACGAGCAAAAAAAAGUAACGGCAAAACGAAGUGAAAUUGAACGGACGGCGAAAAACCCUAACAAAACCUUCUUCUCACCGGCGAAAAUGCGAGCUCCGAUCUCCGGAUUUGUCUCCAGAUCUCUUGGUUUGCUCCACCGUACGACGUCUCUAUCAGCUGGGACUCGUUACCUAUGCGCCGUAGCUUCUUCACCCGAGGCUCGGACGCAGAAGCUCGAGCGAAUCGCGGACGAUUUGCUAAAACUGAACAGGAUCGAGCUUUACGAUUACUCAAUCCUCUUCAGCCGUAAGCUAGGUCUAAAUCGUUACGGUUCCGCCGUGGCAGUUGCCGGAUCUGGUGGUGAUGCCGUUGCAUCUGCGGAGACCAAGGCGGCGGAGAAGACAGCUUUCGAUGUGAAGCUUGAGAAAUUUGAAGCGGCGUCCAAGAUUAAAGUGAUUAAGGAGAUAAGAUCGUUCACGGAUCUGGGAUUGAAAGAAGCUAAGGAUUUGGUUGAGAAAGCUCCAGUUGUUUUGAAGAAAGGUAUUACUAAAGAAGAAGCUGAGAAGAUCAUGGAGAAGCUCAAAGCGGUAGGUGCUUUAGUAUCUUUGGAAUGAUCACAAACGAAGUUAUGAGAUUGGGAUUCAAAAUAAGAUGUAUUUGAAUUGUUCGAAAUCAAAACAAUCUGAAAGUUUUGAGAUUAUGAAUACUGUUUCUACAA